CACAUAUCAAUUGUACCGGCCGCGUAAAAUUAUAUGAAAAAAAAUUGAGCCUUUUCGAAGAGGUUCAACAUGGCAGGAGAUCAGGCGCAAUUUUACCAGUUACUAAAUACAAUAUUGUCCAUAGAUAAUGACAUCCGAACACAAGCAGAAAAAGUAUACAACGACAUCCCAACAGAAAAUAAGGUUGUGCUCUUAGUGGGUGCUAUUCAAAAUGCAGACAUUGGUGAAGAUGGCAGAGAAACUGCAGCUGUUCUUUUACGACGACUCAUUAGUGCAGAAUUCUAUGAAUUUUUCCCAAAACUACCAGUCCAACAACAAGCCAUGCUUAGAGAACAACUUCUUCUCACACUUCAGAUGGAUGUCACACAACAAUUGAGACGCAAGAUAUGUGAUGUAGUAUCAGAGCUAGCAAGAAAUCAUAUUGAUGAUGAUGGGGUUAAUCAGUGGCCUGAGUUUCUUCAAUUUAUGUUCAACUGUGCGAGUGCACAAGACCCUAACAUCAAGGAGGCGGGCAUCAGAAUGUUUACGUCUGUUCCUGGAGUGUUUGGCAACCUUCAAAACGAAAAUUUAGAUGUUAUUAAGAGAAUGUUGCUCUCUGCAUUACAACCAACCGAGUCUGAAGCAUUACGAAUGCAAGCAGUAAAAGCUGUUGGGGCUUUUAUUUUGCUGCACGAUAAAGAGCCUGCAAUUCAAAAGCAUUUCAGUGAUUUGCUUUUACCAUUUAUGCAGGUUGUAGUACAAUCGAUUGAAAAAGCAGAUGAUGAUGCAGCAUUGAAAGUUUUGAUAGAACUAGCUGAAUCUGCACCGAAAUUCUUGAGACCUCAAGUGGAAACAAUCUUCCAAGUUUGCAUCAAGGUGAUUGGCGACACAGAUCAAGAAGAUAAUUGGCGCCAAUUAGCACUUGAGGCUUUAGUCACACUAUGUGAAACAGCACCAGCAAUGGUCCGCAAAGUGGUGCCCAAUGCAGUGCGAAUGCUCACUCCACUUAUUCUCCAAAUGAUGUGUGAGUUAGAUGAAGAGCCAAACUGGUCUGUUGAGGACAACGCCGCUGAUGAUGAUAAUGAACUCAACUAUGUGGCAGCUGAAUCUGCCCUAGACCGCAUGUGCUGUGGGCUUGGAGGCAAGAUAAUGUUAGGGUUGAUUGUGGGUCAAGUUCCAGAAAUGUUGAACUCUGCAGAUUGGAAGUGCCGUCAUGCAGCUUUAAUGGCUGUUUCCUCUGCUGGUGAAGGUUGCCAUAAGCAAAUGGAACAGAUGCUUGACCAAGUAGUCUCAGCAGUACUUAACUAUCUCACUGACCCACAUCCCCGAGUAAGGUAUGCUGCAUGUAAUGCUGUCGGACAAAUGUCUACAGAUUUUGCCCCAGUGUUUGAAAAAAAAUUCCACGAUAAAGUAGUACCUGGUUUAUUAAUGGUUCUGGAAGACAAUGCAAACCCGCGCGUGCAGGCUCAUGCAGCAGCUGCUUUGGUUAACUUCAGUGAAGAUUGCCCGAAGCCAAUAUUAACUUUGUAUCUGGGUCCAUUAAUGGGAAAGUUAGAGGCUAUUUUAACUGCCAAAUUCAAAGAGUUGGUAGAAAGUGGCACUAAACUUGUAUUGGAGCAAAUUGUGACCACAAUUGCAUCAGUUGCUGACACUGUAGAAAAAGAUUUUGUGGAUUACUAUGACAGGCUAAUGCCAUGCCUCAAGUACAUCAUAGCGAAUGCCACCACAGAUGAAUUCAAGAUGCUUCGUGGCAAGACCAUUGAAUGUGUCAGUCUUAUUGGUUUGGCAGUUGGAGAAGAGAAAUUUAUGUCAGAUGCGUCGGAAGUUAUGGAUCUCUUGUUGAAAACACACACUGAAGGCGAUCAAUUACCUGCUGAUGACCCACAAACUUCUUAUCUUAUUUCUGCUUGGUCCAGAAUUUGCAGAAUAAUGGGUAAAAAAUUCGCUCAGUAUUUACCUAUGGUCAUGGAACCAGUGAUGAGAACAGCAGCUAUGAAACCAGAAGUAGCACUAUUAGAUAACGACGACCUUGAAAUCAUUGAGGGAGAUCUUGACUGGCACUUCGUAACUUUAGGCGAACAACAAAACUUUGGCAUUAAAACCGCCGGACUUGAAGAUAAAGCUUCUGCUUGUGAUAUGUUGGUGUGCUAUGCACGUGAACUAAAAGAAGCCUUUGCUGAAUACGCCGAAGAUGUCGUAAAACUAAUGGUGCCUAUGCUUAAGUUUUACUUCCAUGACAAUGUACGGACAGCAGCAGCCGAGUCGCUGCCUUACUUAUUAGAAUGCGCCCGUAUUCGAGGCCCUCAAUAUAUACAGGGCAUGUGGGCAUAUAUAAUACCGGAGCUUUUGAAAGCAAUUGACUCAGAACCUGAGCAGGAAGUGCAGGUUGAGCUACUCAACAGCCUUGCAAAGUGCAUUGAGCUAUUAGGAGCAGGGUGCUUGUCAGAUGAAAUGAUGGCUGAAGUACUACGCAUCUUAAACAAACUGCUCACUGAACAUUUUGAGCGAGCUACUGAACGUCGCCAAAAGCGCGCUGACGAAGAUUACGACGAGGUGGUUGAAGAACAAUUAGCUGAUGAAGAUAAUGAAGAUGUGUAUGGGCUAUCGCGUGUCGCAGACGUUUUACACGCACUUAUGUCCGCCUACCACGAAAACUUUUUCCCCCACCUUGACUCCUUACUUCCACAUCUUGUACAAUUACUUGCACCCGGGCGUCCCUAUGCUGAUAGGCAAUGGGCAAUCUGCAUUUUCGACGAUGUCAUCGAAUUUGGAGGUCCAGCCUGUGUAAAAUACCAAGAUAUAUUCCUUGAGCCCAUGCUAAAUGGAUUACGCGAGCCUGAACCUGAAGUACGACAAGCGGCUUCAUAUGGUUGUGGAGUCUUAGCCCAGUUUGGAGGACCUCAGUUUGCUGCUGCAUGUGCCAGAGCUGUUCCUCUUCUUGCUGCACUAAUUGCAGAGCCUGACUCUCGUUCCGUAGAAAACCUUAACGCAACCGAAAAUGCUAUAUCGGCAGUCACCAAAAUAAUUAAAUAUAAUCAUUCACAAAUCAAUAGAGAUGAAAUCAUUAGGCACUGGUUGACAUGGCUACCAGUAGUAGAAGACACAGAAGAAGCACCUCAUGUCUACUCGCUGCUCUGUGAAUUGGCCGCUAGUGGUCACGCAGCUCUAGCUACUCCGGACGCACCGCAGCGAGUAAUCGCUACGCUCGCUGAAGCUUUCCUCCGUGAUGCCGUGCCUAAUGAUAACCCUGUUUUUGCACAGAUGGUUGCUCUGGUGCGACAGAUACAGAGCAAUGCAGAAUUAUUCAACUCAUGUUUGAUACAGAUGAGCAACGAGCACAAGGAGGCUCUAAAAUUGGCGCUUUCCUCCUAGUGUCAUCUUGUACUGCUCGCCGCUUGUAUUUAUUCUCUCCCAGCCCCCGCGCCCGCACCGCCUCCUCCGUUGCCAGUCACGCUCCCCACACGAGCCUACUAUUUCUUGUGACUAAUUGUAUCUUUUGACUGCCUCACCAAUGCUACGAUUACUUUACAGUAAUAAACUCUAUGGCAAAAAAUAUAAAAAGGAAUUCGGCCAUUAAAUACACAUGAUGUGUAUACUAGUUAAAUCGAACGUAGUUCGUAAAAUGACUGGUUUAAAAUAUAAUAUACC